GCGUAUGCUUAUAAAAUGAAAUUCAGAUUCAUGAUUUUCUGAUGGAAUUCCUGAUCAACUUUAAAAUUUAAAUGCUAGUGAAUAAUCGAAGCUUUAAUAAUGUGACCUGUAGGUAUUGGUAUAAAAUAUAUAAAGAAAAUGAUUAGCUGGAGACUUUUAUUAAGAAUAUUAGAAAUAUUAUUUUGUUUCACUGGAGCUGUAAUAUUUCAUUUCAUAGAUGAUAUUAAUUCAAUAUGGUUGCAGGAAGGCAUUACUCUAGGCUUAUUGGGUUAUUUUAUAAUACUCAUCGUUUGUCUGAUAGCAUCGUCUGUAGAACACCUUCCGAGUAUCCAAGACUUCAUAUUCCUAUGCAUAGGUUUCAUUAUCAAUUUCAUCUGUAGCAUUAUGACAUUCAUAAUGUAUUUUUUGAAGAAAAAAGCUCACGAAGUAAAAGACAAACCCGAGGAACACCAUCACUUAGAAGCCGCUUUGGGCAGUAUACACUUGACCAUAGCUGUACUAAUGGUAGCAGAUUUAAUACUAGGUGCUGUAAAUUUAGAGGAUGAAAAUUAAAUUAUUUUUAUGUAACAGAGUUUCCUUUUAGAGCGUUUUCACAAGCUGCAACAUAUUGCAAGCGUUAA